AUGUUUGAAGAUGAGAGUAACUUGGAGCUGGGAGAAAUCACUAGAGCUGAGUCACCAGAAGAGGAGGCUGGAUUAACUGAAGACACAUCAGACCCCUCAAAUGAAGUUUCUUCUUACUCGGAAAGGAGAGAUUCGAAUCGUGUUUACGAAGCAAAUCCUUCAAAGGUCACAAAAGAAUCAUCAGUUUCUUCUCCAAGCCUGCUUAACAGAGAUGAAGACGAUAAAAACAUUCUGUUUUCUGAUGCCAGCAUAGCAGAUGUCACCCCACUAUCAAAACCAGAAAUGCCCCGGACCUUCGUGUCAUCAGAGACCAAGGCAAUGGAAGACUAUCAAAAAGUCAAAGUCCCAUCUGAGGAGAACGUUAGUCCACAAGCCUCUAAUGAAAAUCAGAAAGAAUUUGACUUAGAGGGAGAUAACUUUACAGUUAAUCUUGAGGGCAAGGAUUUACAAGAAUUCCCUGCAGACAUUUUAAAAACCAAACAUGUAAAAUAUCUAUAUUUAGAUAAGAAUCAAAUAAAAACUUUACAAGGUGCAGAUCCAGGGGAUCUGCUAGGACUUGAAAUUCUGUCCCUGCAAGAAAAUGGAUUGUCAUCGAUUCCCUUGGAAAUUCAUUUGCUUCAUAAUUUAGGGAUACUAAAUGCCAGUUACAACCAGAUAUCAUGCAUACCUAAAGAAUUAUUACAACUUGGGAAUAUGAGACAACUCUUUUUAGAUAGUAAUUACAUUGAGAAUUUACCUUCUUCUGGCUUAGAAAGUCUUAGAAAUUUGGAAACUUUGAGUUUGGGCAAAAAUAUGUUAACAAAUAUACCACAGUCUUUGUCUAGUUUGCAAAACUUGCAAGUUCUCAAUCUGGAAUACAACCAAUUAACAAUAUUUUCUAAAUUCCUAUGCUUUCUUCCAAAGUUAGUUUCACUAAACCUUACUGGAAACAUGAUAGGCAGUUUGCCAAAAGAGGUCCGGGAACUGAAGAACUUAGAAAACCUUUUAAUGGAUCAUAAUAAACUUACUUUUUUGUCCGUGGAAAUUUUUCAGUUGCCCAAAAUAAAAGAACUUCAGCUAGCUGACAAUAAAUUGGAAGCCAUUUCACCGAAAAUUGAGAAUUUCAGAGAACUCAGACUUCUUAACCUUGAUAAAAACUUACUGAAAAAGAUACCAAAGAAAAUUUCUCACUGUGUGAUGCUGGAGUGUCUUAGUCUUAGUGAUAACAACAUAGAAGAGCUUCCUAGGAAAAUCCAUAGGCUUAAAAAUUUGAAACAGCUCCAUGUAAACAGAAAUAAAAUGAUAAAAAUGGCUGAAGAAAUCUCACAUCUCAAUAAUAUAAACAGCCUGGAGUUUUCAGGCAAUCAAAUCACACAUAUCCCAAUUGAAAUAAAAAACUGCAGAAACAUAACCAGAGUUGAACUGAAUUAUAACAAUAUAAUGUAUUUCCCAGUGGGGUUGUGUGCUUUACCAUCACUUGACUACUUGAGUUUUAAUGGAAAUUAUAUUUCAGAAAUCCCUAUGGAUAUAUCUUUCAGUACGAAACUGCUUCACUUAGAGUUGAAUAGAAACAAGCUCCCCAUACUUUCAGAAUACCUGUGUUCACUCACUAAUCUUGAAUACCUGGAUCUUGGUAAAAACCAAAUAAAGACAAUUCCACCAUGCAUCUCUGCCAUGGAGUCACUCCAUGUACUCAUUCUGUCUGGUAAUAAGUUUGAAAUUUUCCCCAAGGAACUGUGUGCUUUAAAAAACUUGCAAGUACUUGAUGUUUCAGAAAAUAAGUUACAGAAAAUACCUUCCGAUAUAUCUAAAUUAAAAGGUAUCCGGAAAUUAAACUUCUCGAGCAAUCAGUUCGCACACUUUCCUGUUGAACUCUGCCAGCUGCACACCUUGGAGGAGCUGGAUUUAAGUCAGACAAGUGGGAAAAAGUUAACAAGACUCCCAGAAGAGCUGUCCAGUAUGACUCAACUGAAAACACUUGACAUCUCCAACAAUGCAAUCAAAGAGAUUCCAAAAAAUAUUGGGGAGCUGAAAAGUCUGGUUAGUCUACACGCAUACAACAAUCAAAUAAGUUCUCUGCCACCAUCCUUCCUGUCUUUAAAAUUUCUACAACACCUAGACCUCAGAGGAAACCAUCUGACAGCUCUGCCUAGUGCUAUCUAUAGUCUUUUGUCACUGAAAGAGAUAAAUUUUGAUGACAAUCCUUUGCUGAGACCUCCGAUGGAAAUCUGUAAAGGAAAACAGCUGCAUACUAUCACACGCUAUCUCCAAAGAGCAGACGAAAGAGACGAGAAAAUUUUAGAGAAGAUAUUCAACAUAGUUGCCAACAAUAUCACUGAAAUAAACUUUGAAUUUUUGCAACAAAAACUAAACAUGACAACCUCAGAAAAUAGCAUCCCUGUAAGAAACACUACUCCAUUAAAUGAAAGAAUCUACCACGCAUUUAUUAAGUGGAAAGCGGAUAAGAACUUGUUACUCACAGCUACUGCCUUAAGAGACCAACUUGUUCGGGGACUAAAUAUGAUAGGUGCCUACGACAUAAUGGACAAGAUCACGGCUUUGAAUCUUUAUAUGAGUGCCAUCAAACUCUAGCCAGUGGAUCUGAAGUAAAAGCUGCAAAUUUACGAUGCA